UACCAAUUGAACGCGAUUUUAGAGUUGUGUGUGUAAAUUUUUUUAUUCGUAAUUGAAAAAAAAAGAUUAUUCUCACAAUUUAUUGCUUUUUCCCAUGUUAAUCAUCAUUAAUUGAUUGAAUAAAUUAAAAUAUUUAAAUAAAUAAAUAAAAUAACCAGCAUCAUUAUUUCUUUACUUAUAUAUAAAGAAUUUGAAAUAACCUCCCUUGAAAUAACCUCAAAAUCUUUUAACAGCUUCUGAUAAAACCUUCUUCCAAACAACAUACAAAUAAAACCUCUUGGAAAACAACAACAACAAAAUGACGUCACGAAACGGUAAAAACAUCAACAACGUCUUCGUUAUCUUCGCUAUCUUCAUCAUCACCAACCUGCCAAAAGUAUCUUCUAUCAACUGUUUCAGUUGCUCUCCAGCUGAUUCUAACUGCGGCCCAACUUACUACGUUGAGAAAGAUAAAGUGAACGUAUGCAAUGGCGAGUGGUGUCAAAAAAUUACUGCUUAUUAUAACGGCGAACAACUGAUAACGAGAGAAUGUCUGAAGUCGCCACCACAAGCCACCACCAACUACACAAUCGGCUGUCGUAACGUCAACAUUCUUGGUUCAACUGCAGAGAUAUGCACGUGUAAUGUUGAUUACUGCAAUGGUUAUACCAAUCCAACAGCUGAUGUCUUAUCAAUGAACAACGACAACAUCCUCAACAACAACAACUACAACAACUACAACAACAUAAAAUGCGUCAUGUGUGUUGGCCAGCAAUGCAACGACCCUGUCAACAAAACUUUAUACACCUGCAGAUCUAUGGCCUGCUUCAAAAACAUCUACACGUCCAACGGCAUCUCAGUAACAGUAAAAGGUUGCAGUUCACUGAUUGCCAGCACCAUCGAUGACUGCAAAACCAGAACCUACAAUGGAGUCACGUCGAACAAGUGCCUAUGUAGUGAGGGCCAAUAUUGCAAUGCUUCUCACGGACUUGAAUCUUCAAGGGGAAUGAUUUUGGCUUUGUUGGCCUGUCUUGGGGCGAUUUUUGGUUUUUUUAGAGUUUAGUUCAUAGUUUCCUGUUAAAAUUUUUUGGGUUUUUUGACAGUUUUUUGGUUUUAUUUGAAUUUAUUGAAGUGCAAUUUUGGUUUUUGUGCUACAGCAUUGGUGGCGUGUUUUUAAUGCGGUUUCAAAUGUUCUCUAAUGUUCAAACCGAAAGAUGGAUCGUUCACUUUAGACGGAUGAGAGUAGAUGGAGAAAUGUUGUAUGAUGUUAGGCAGUUGCCGUUGUAAAUUUACUUGCUCUGAAAUGAGGAAAUGAGUUUUGUCUUUCAAUUGCAUUCAUUCCUUUAUCAUAUAUUUAUUUAUUUUAAAAUCUUGAACUGACCGACGCCCAGAAAAUUGUUUUCAUUAAAUCUUAAUUAUAUAUUUUUGUGAUUUAACUGGUUGAUUUUUAACUUUUUAUGUUCACUUCAUUUUGACAUUACAUAGCAUUACAAUACAAUACACUACAAUACAAUACAAUAUUUUACAUUGCAAUACAACACAAUUCAUUACAAUACAAUACAAUACAUUAAAAUAAGUUACCUUAUAUCUAUUCCUAUUAGCAAUAUUAUAAACUAAAUGUUUUUUAAUUUUAAUCACUUUUUUUUUAAAUUAACAAAUCCUUACUAAUCAUAAAUAAAUCGAAUUCUGUAGUUGACACAAAUUAUUUUUUAUAAAUUUUCGAAAUUUUUAACAAAUUUUGUAAUGUGUAAAUAAAUAAACUUUGAUUCAACUGUG